CUACCUCUUGGGCCCUCUCUCCAUCCGCUGGGACCUCUUCCUUCCUUUCCCCAUUUCUUUAGCUCCAGUCCACAGCUGUUGUAACAGAGGAUGCUAAUGGCCCAGGCUCCCUGGGGCCACCGCCCCACUGUGUGGCAGUGGUGGGGGGUGGCCUGGGCUGGAGGAUGGGGGAAUUUGAGUGUUCAACCAGGACAGGAAGGGAAAUGCUGAGCUCAGGGAUCCCCUCCCUUUUCCACCCCCAGCUGCCUCUGUUUCCUCCCUCAUUCCCCACUACCCUCCCUCAGCUUCCUGCUCCCUUUGGCCUGCCCAUGUCCGGUUUAGAUUGAUCCAGAUCUCUUAUCUCCCUCCUUUCCUCUCACUCCUUCAUCCUUUCCUUGCACCCCCACUUUACUCCUCCUCAGAUUACUAAUUGUUUGUUUGGGGCAGGGGGGGCCUGGAUAGUUCUACCCCUGCAAGAGUUCUAGGUUGGGGCAGUGGUGGGGGCUCAGCCCCUCAGAGCCUGUGAGUCAGCACUGUCCUUGGGAUUGGUCUGUCCCUUUAGCUCCCCGCCCCUGGGGAGGAGCUAGGCAGCUCUAGGUCCAGCCUGUUCUCCUCUCAGCCAGAGAAGAGGCUCCACGCUGGGAAGAGAUGGGGCCUGAAACUGUCUGGGUCUGAGUGGGGGAGCCGCAGCCACUCGUCCUUCUCCCUCCCCAGGACCCCUGAGAUCCCUGGGCCAUAGAGGUCCGAUCAGGCUAAGGGCCUGGGGAUGCCCCCUGCCUGGCCCCCUUGCCCUGACUGGCAGGGGGGCCGGGCUGGGCAGCAGCCUCCCUCUCACUCCAGCCAUGGAUCUCCUGCCCCCCAAGCCCAAGUACAACCCACUUCGGAAUGAGUCUCUGUCAUCGCUGGAGGAGGGAGCUUCAGGGUCCACCCCAACGGAGGAGCUACCUUCCCCAUCAGCUUCGUCCCUGGGACCCAUCCUGCCACCUCUGCCUGGGGACGACAGUCCCACUACCCUGUGCUCCUUCUUCCCCCGGAUGAGCAACUUGAAGCUGGCCAACCCGGUUGGGGGGCGCCCGGGGCUGAAGGGGGAGCCAGGAAGGGCAGCCGAGGAUGGGGAGGGGAUCUUAGGGGCAGCCAUGCUGGACUCAGGCCCCUUGCCCCUCCUCCAGGACAUGAACAAGCUGAGUGGAGGCGGCGGGCGCAGGACUCGGGUGGAAGGGGGCCAGCUGGGGGGCGAGGAGUGGACCCGCCACGGGAGCUUUGUCAAUAAGCCCACGCGGGGCUGGCUGCAUCCCAACGACAAAGUCAUGGGACCGGGGGUUUCCUACUUGGUUCGGUACAUGGGCUGUGUGGAGGUCCUGCAGUCAAUGCGCGCCCUGGACUUCAACACCAGGACUCAGGUCACCAGGGAGGCCAUCAGUCUGGUGUGUGAGGCUGUGCCGGGUGCUAAGGGGGCCACAAGGAGGAGAAAGCCCUGUAGCCGCCCACUCAGCUCUAUCCUGGGGAGGAGUAACCUGAAAUUUGCUGGAAUGCCAAUCACUCUCACGGUCUCCACCAGCAGCCUCAACCUCAUGGCCGCAGACUGCAAACAGAUCAUUGCCAACCACCACAUGCAAUCUAUCUCGUUUGCGUCCGGCGGGGACCCGGACACAGCCGAAUAUGUUGCCUAUGUUGCCAAAGACCCGGUGAAUCAGAGAGCCUGCCACAUCCUGGAGUGUCCCGAGGGGCUUGCUCAGGACGUCAUCAGCACCAUUGGCCAGGCCUUUGAGUUGCGCUUCAAACAAUACCUCAGGAACCCGCCCAAGCUGGUCACCCCCCACGACAGGAUGGCUGGCUUCGAUGGCUCAGCUUGGGAUGAGGAGGAGGAAGAGCCACCCGACCAUCAGUACUAUAACGACUUCCCUGGGAAGGAACCCCCUCUUGGGGGGGUGGUGGACAUGCGGCUUCGGGAAGGAGCCCCCUCGGGGGCUGCUCGACCCACUCCGCCCAGUGCCCAGACUCCCAGCCACCUGGGAGCUACGCUGCCUGUGGGGCAGCCUGUUGGGGGAGACCAAGAAGUCCGCAAACAGAUGCCACCUCCGCCACCCUGCCCAGCAGGCAGAGAGCUCUUUGAUGAUCCCUCCUAUGUCAACGUCCAGAACCUAGACAAGGCCCGGCAAGCAGGGGGUGGGGCUGGGCCCCCCAAUCCUGCCAUCAAUGGCAGCGCACCCCGAGACCUCUUUGACAUGAAGCCCUUCGAAGAUGCCCUUCGGGUGCCUCCACCUGCACAGUCAGUGGCCAUGGCUGAGCAGCUCCGAGGGGAGCCCUGGUUCCAUGGGAAGCUGAGCCGGCGGGAGGCUGAGGCACUGCUGCAGCUCAAUGGGGACUUCCUGGUGCGGGAAAGCACGACCACGCCUGGCCAGUAUGUGCUCACCGGCUUGCAGAGUGGGCAGCCCAAGCAUCUGCUACUGGUGGACCCCGAGGGUGUGGUUCGGACAAAGGAUCACCGCUUUGAGAGUGUCAGUCACCUCAUCAGCUACCACAUGGACAAUCACUUGCCCAUCAUCUCUGCGGGCAGCGAACUGUGUCUACAGCAACCUGUGGAGCGGAAACUGUGAUCCUUCCCUGUGCUCUCUCCCAGAAGACACCCUUCCACCCUUUUCACCCUAUUCCCUGACUCUCAGGACCUCACUUGGGAGUGUUCUGUGGGCUUGGCUUUAUGUAGGAGCUGGGGGUAGUGUGGACACUGGGUUCAGCAUCCAGCUGACAGGCUUUGAGUCAGGAGCCUGGGGUAGAAUCCUGCUUCUCCCCAAACCUCACCAAAGUAUUAAUGUACAGAGUGGCCCCCUUCCCUGGGCCUUUCCUGUGCCAACCUGAUACCCCCUUCCCCAAGAAGGUGGGUGCUUGGGGCCUGGGCAGUGUGCCUCCUUGUAUGGAAAAUGCCCUGUGGUUAUAGGCCCGGUGGAGCAAUCACCUUUCCAGGGAAGGGGAAAUGAAUCACACUUUUGCUCUACCCCUGGCUCAGGGUGCCCUAGACCCUUCUCAACAACCCGCCCUCCCAGUGUUUAAACUUUGUGCCUUUGACCAUCUCCUAGGUCUGAAGAUAUUUUAUGCAAAGAGUUCUCGGGUCCCUGAGGUCAAGGACGGGUGCGGAUACCUUCUUGGCCUCUGGGACCCUAUCCUCUCCUUGCUCAGCACCCCCUCCAUUUAGGCUGGGAGAACAGAGGCAGGAGUGGCAGCUGUCCCCUCUCCCUGGGGAUAUGCAACCCUUAGAGAUUGCCUCAGAGCCCCCCUUCCUGCCAGGGGGGAGAUGGACCCCUCCCUUGCUCAGUGCCUCCUGGCCUGGAGCCCCUCGGCCCAGGGGUCUGUAUAUACAUUUCGUAAGUCCCACCCUUCCAUGUUGCAUGCAUGUUAUACUCUACAGCCAAAGUGCAGCCCUGCCUCCUGUGGCCCCCACCCCUGCCUCCCCCUGCUGGGGUAGGGGUCUGGGGUAUGGCUGGAUUUGGGCCUCCUGAAUGGUUAACUCUCCGAGGUGGAUUUUGUGGCAGUGGCAGGAACAGGGGCAGUGAGACUCUAAAGCAGUAGACAAUCUCCAAAUGCCAUCUGUAGAUUUGGAACUGCAUUUAUUUCUUAUUUUAUAUAAAAUAUAUAUGCAUAUAUUUUAGGGCUGUAGAUUUCCUUUCCUAAUUUGUUUUCCAUGGCUUAUUCUUGAGCACAAAAUGAUAAUAAUCGAUUACAUUUAUACGCCACCUCUUUGACUUUUCAAAGCCCUUUUACAACUAUUGGAUUUUCCUCAUCCCAGCCUGUGAGGCAGUUUGGACCUGCAGCAUUAUCUUUUCUACAAGAGAGACCCGAGGCAGAGAAAGGUCGAUCACGAGCUAGGACUAGGAAAACUUGGGCGUCUUACCGCGAGCCUGGGAGGCAGAAGUUUGGCUGAAUGUUAACAGUUUCCCCCUUGGGAAGCUGAAAACCUGCAGUUAUCGAGUACCUUCUACAGGCCGCGCCCUGCACGAGGCCUGGGCGGCCACAGCGACAGAGGAGCCGGCCCUGCUCUGUCUCUAGGCCUCGUGGCGAACCGAGAGUUGACUGUCUUAAUCCUCGCCUCCUUUUUUUUGUUUGGAUGUUUUCACGGGUCUCACUUAUACCAAAGGGAAAAAAUCUUCAUUAAAGUCCAUAUUUCUUCUA